CGCCGCCGCCGCCGCAUGAAGGUGCGCGGGGCCGGGCCCGGGGCAGCGGCCGGGGGGGCGCGGAGGGGCGCGGGGCCGGGGCCAGCGGGGCCGGAGCCGGGAAGCGCCCCCCCGCAGCCCCCCGGGGGUCCCGGCGCGGACGGAGCCCGGCUCUCGGGGCUGCUCAGGAAGAUGCACUUGUUCCGGAGCUCCAGCUACGAGGUGCGGCUGGAGGGGGCCGGGGGGAGCCUGCCCCGCAUCCAGGGAAUCCGCUGGACCCCUCUCCUGGACUCGGAAUCCAGCCUGGACUAUGGCCACAGCAUCACGCAGGCGUCCUCGGAGAGGGUCUGGAGGGCUGGAAAACUCCUCUUCGCCCACCUCAGCAGCUCCCGGCCCGGCCUCAUCCGCGACCACAAACACCACCUGCGGCACCACCGGCAGUGCUGCUCGGGGAAGGACUUGGUGGAUUGGCUGCUGAGCGCCGGUGCAGCCGUCCAGACGCGCGGCCAGGCCGUGGGCAUCGGGCAGGUGCUGGUGGACGGAGGGGUCCUGACGCACGUGAGGCAGGAGUGGCACUUCCAGGACAAGGAGACGCAGUUCUAUCGCUUCGCCGAGCUGGAGCUGAGCCCCGAGCCCGGCGCGGGGCCGCGGGACCCCGAGGAGCUGCUGGAGGCUUUGGGGUUCCUGGCCCAGCUGGGCCCCGACGCUCUGCUCUCCAUGGCCCUGCGCAAGCCGCCUGCCCAGCGCACGCAGGACGAGCUGGAGCUGAUCUUUGAGGAGCUGCUUCACAUCAAAGCCGUGGCUCAUCUCUCCAACUCGGUGAAGCGGGAGCUGGCGGCCGUGCUGAUGUUCGAGGGGCACCAGCGCGCGGGCACCGUCCUGUUCAGCCAAGGUGACAAAGGCACCUCCUGGUACAUCAUCUGGAAGGGCUCGGUCAACGUGGUCACCCACGGCAAGGGCUUGGUGGCCACCCUGCACGAGGGGGACGACUUCGGGCAGCUGGCACUGGUGAACGACGCCCCACGGGCGGCCACCAUCCUCCUGCGCGAGGACAAUUGUCACUUCCUGCGCGUGGACAAACAGGACUUCAACCGCAUCCUCAAGGACGUGGAGGCCAACACGGUGAGGCUGAAGGAGCACGGCAAGGUGGUGCUGGUGCUGCAGAAGGACCUGCAGGGGGGCAGCGGCCAGGCGGCCUCGGCGCGGAGCAGCAGCAGGUACCUGGUGAUGGCCGGGACGCCCGAGAAGAUCCUGGAGCACCUGCUGGAGUUCAUGAGGCUCGAUGCCACCCUCUACGACCCCGUGGACACGCUGCUGGGGGAUUUCCUGCUCACCUACACCGUGUUCAUGCCGACCUCGCAGCUCUGCCGGGCCCUGCUGCACCAUUUCCGCGCGGAGCCGCUGGAGGGUUCGGAGCAGGACAAGGCCGCCUAUUCCCUGCGCAAGCGGCGGAAAAUCCUGCGGCUCGUCAGCCAGUGGGUGCUGCUCUACGGGCGGCUGCUGCAGGGCGACCGCAGCACCACGGCGCUGCUGCAGAACCUGGCGGACCUGGCGAGCCGGGACCCCGAGCUGGGCGGGCUGGGCCAGGAGCAGGGCCAGGAGCGGCGGCGACCCCGAGCGCUGGAGAACGGAGACGGCAGCGUGUCCCCCCAGCCCAAGGCCCGGAGCUCGGGGAUGCGGCUCGGGAGCCCCGAGGAGGCGAUCCCGGACAGCAGCUGCGCCCUGAGAGCCCAGGACAAAGUGCCCUACGAGAUCUUCAGGGCCGACCACUCGUGCGUGGCGCCGGUGCUGCCCGUGAACGCCGCGGUGCGGGACGUGCUGCGGGCCCUGGCGCCGCGGCUGCGCCGGGACCGGGAGCACGUCCUGGUCAGGGUGAACUCGGCCGGAGAGCGCGCGGUGCUGCCGCAGGACGCCGUGGGGGUGUUCACGGCGCUGGGCCUCAACGAGAGGCUCUUUGUGGUCAGCAGGGACGAGCUGGGCACCCUGACCCCCCACCCUGAGCAGCUGGGCCCCCACGCCGGCUCCUCCGACACCCUGGACCUGAUCAGCUCCAAGGAGCUGGCCAGCCACCUGACCGACUACGACUGGAACCUCUUCAAGAGCAUCCACCAGGUGGAGAUGAUUCACUACAUCGUGGGGCCGCACAAGUCCCACGAGGUCGCCACGGCCAACCUGGCGCGGGUGAUGCGGCGCUUCAACGAGCUGCAGUUCUGGGUGGCCACCGAGCUGUGCCUGUGCCCCGAGCUCGGGCGGAGGGCGCAGCUCCUCCGCAAGUUCAUCAAGCUGGCGGCGCACCUCAAGGAGCAGAAGAAUCUGAAUUCCUUCUUCGCGGUGAUGUUCGGUGUGAGCAACACGGCCGUGACUCGCCUGGCCAAGACCUGGGAGAGGCUGCCCCACAAGAUUCGGAAGCUGCACUCGGCCCUGGAGAGGAUGCUGGACCCCUCGUGGAACCACCGUGUCUAUCGCCUGGCCAUGGCCAAGCUGAGCCCCCCCAUCAUCCCCUUCGUGCCCCUGCUGCUCAAAGACAUGACCUUCAUCCACGAGGGCAACCGCACCCUGGCCGAGAACCUCAUCAACUUCGAGAAGAUGCACAUGAUGGCAAAGACCGUUCGAGUCCUGCAGCGCUGCCGGGGCCACGCGCACGCGCCGCUGUCCCCGCUGCGGAGCCGCUCCCCGCACCGGCCCGAGGACGCCAAGGCCGUCAGGAUCUCCACGUGCUCGGAGCAGUCGCUGAGCGCGCGCAGCCCCGUGUCCACCUGGGCCUACCUGCAGCACCUGAGGGCCAUCGACAGCCAGAAGGAGCUGCUGAGGCUGUCCCGGGAGCUGGAGCCCUGAGGGAGCGGGGCCGGAGCGGGGCCGGGGCCGGGAGCGGGCCUGGGACCCAGGAGAGGAUGGGGGACCGGAGAGGGGAUGGGGGCUGCAAUGGGGAUGGGGGCCCGGGAUGGGGAUGGGGCCCGAAGCAGGGACAGGGCUCUGGAGUGAGGACGGGGGUCCAGAGCGGGGAUGAGUACCCAGAAUGGGGAUGGGGACCUGGAGUGAGGAUGGGGGUCUGGAGCAAAGAUGGGUUCCCAAAUUUCCCAUGUGAGAGUCCUGAGGAUGAGGGACCGGAGAGGGGAUGGGGACCUGGAAUAGGGACGGGGGCCAGGAAUGAGGAUGGGAGCCCAGAGUGAGGAUGGGGGACCAGAGAGGGGAUGGGGUCCGGAAUGGGGGCCUAGAGCAAAGAUGGGGGUCCAGAACAGGGAUGGGGAACCAGACCAAGAAUGAGGCACCAGAGCGAGGAUGGGGGCCCAAAAUUGAGAUGGGGGCCCUGAGUGAGGAUGGGGGCCCAGCUGCUGGCAGUGGGGCAGCCCCUGGCUCUGCUUCCAGUGGCCCUGGGCUGUGCUGGAGCUGUCCCAGAGCUCAGCCAUGGGCUCGGACCCGGCCCUGGGCUGUGCUGGAGCUGCUCCAGAGCUCAGCCAUGGACUCAGGGCUGUGCUGGAGCCGCCCCGGAGCUCAGCCAUGGGCUCAGAUCCAGCCCCAAGCUCUGCUGGAGCUGUCCCAGAGCUCGGCCAUGGGCUCAGACCCGGCCCUGGGCUGUGCUGGAGCCGCCCCAGAGCUCAGCCAUGGGCUCAGACCCGGCCCUGGGCUGUGCUGGAGCCGCCCCAGAGCUCAGCCAUGGGCUCAGGGCUGUGCUGGAACUGCCCCAGAGCUCGGCCAUGGGCUCAGACCCGGCCCUGGGCUCUGCUGGAGAUGCCCCAGAGCUCGGCCAUGGGCUCAGGGCUGUGCUGGAACUGCCCCAGAGCUCGGCCAUGGGCUCAGACCCGGCCCCGUGGGGCAGCCGGGCCCCGGUGAGCUGCGGGCAGGUGAGGGUGGAGCAAUAGAGGUAUUUUUGUA